AUGUUUUCAGGAGGUUUCAAAGGAUUUAGUGGUUUUCCAUUUGGAGGAGCAGAAGAAGAAAGUUCUACAUCAUAACCUUAAAAUGUUGAUAAUAAAUCAUUGUAUGAAUUAUUGGGAGUUCAACCAGGUGCCACAACAGAUGAAGUCAAGAAGGCUUUUAGAAAAAAGGCAGUCAGAGAACAUCCAGAUAAAGGAGGAGAUCCAGAAAAGUUUAAAAAAUUAACAGAAGCCUAUGAGAUACUGUCGAAUCCUGAGAAGAAAGACCUCUAUGAUAGGUUUGGGAUGGAAGGAGUGAAAAAUGGUGGAGGAGGAGGAGAUAUGUCAGAUAUAUUUAGUCAUUUCUUUGGAGGAGGUCGUAAAGAAUCAGGUCCAAAAAAAAUGAAGGCUAAAUUAAGAGAAUUAGAAGUGACCUUAGAAGAUGUGUAUGAAGGAAAGAUCAUUCAUCUUAAACAUCAGAGAAAGAGAGUUUGUGAGGGAUGUGAUGGAAAGGGAGGAGCUAACUCUAAAUAAUGUUCAACUUGUAAGGGCAAAGGAGUUGUUUAAAAAUUAACAAUGUUAGGUCCAGGAAUGUAUUCGCAAUCAAGUGGACCUUGCUCAGAUUGCAGAGGUGAGGGUACCAUUUUCUCAGAGAAGGAUAGAUGCAAGAAAUGUUAAGGAAAUAAAGUGAUUGAUGUGGAGAAAGUUGUGGAGAUCCCUUUAGAGAAAGGUGUGCCUGAAGAACAUGACUAUUAAUUUUAUGGAGAAUCAGAUGAAUAUCCUGGAGUGAUGGCUGGGGAUUUGUAUGUAAGAAUUAGAAUAAAGAAACAUCCAAUGUAUGAAAGGAGAGGAGCAGAUCUAUAUACAACCAAAAAGAUUACAUUAUUAGAGGCUUUAACUGGCUGUUAAUUUACACUUAAAUUCUUGGAUGGAUCUUAUCUUAAUGUAUCCACAAAACCAGGAGAAGUUAUCUCUCCAAAUAGUUUUAGAACUAUCAAACAUAAGGGUAUGCCAUUCUACAAAGAUGCUAUGCAAGAAGGAGAUCUCCAUAUCUAAUUCGAAAUUGAAAUGCCCACUGAAUUAAAAUAAGAGCAAAUCAAUGUUCUCAAAAAUAUUUUACCUAAACCAAUUGAAAGUAAAGUAAAAUUUGACCCCAAUAAACGAAUCUUUUUGGAAGAAUAUGAUGUUAAUAAUCUUAAUUCUAAUCCAGAAGGGGGGAAGAGAGAGGAGGAUGAAGAGGACAGUCAACCAAGAGGUCAAAGGGUUUAGUGUGCUUAAUAAUGA